CCAGCAUUGAGAGCUGUCAGCCCACCGCUGGCGCGCGGGGCGUGGCCUGCACGGGGCGUGGCUGCGGCGGGGGGCGGGGUCGCGCUCCUUCGGGGCGUGGCCCGUGGAACCCCGGCACCCCGGCGACUCGGGGCCAGGGCGCGCGUCUCCCGGCGCGGGGUUCCUCCCACGCAGCCUCCCAUUCAAACGAUGCCGAAGGGGCGGCGCGGUAGCCAGAGCCCCACGAUGAGCCAGCGGCCGGCCCCGCCUCUCUACUUCCCUUCCCUCUACGACCGCGGGAUCUCCUCGUCGCCGCUCAGCGACUUCAACAUCUGGAAGAAGCUCUUCGUGCCGCUCAAGGCGGGCGGGGCGCCGGCGGGCGGGGCGGCUGGGGGUCGGCCCCUGCCCCAAGUGCCCGCGGCCCCGGCGCCACCCCCGCCGCCGCCCGGCCUGGGUCCCCCCGGCGAGUGCCCCUGGCCCCCUCCGUGGCCCUCCGGCCUGGCCUCCAUCCCCUACGAGCCUCUGCGCUUCUUCUACUCGCCGCCGCCGGGGGCCGAGGGGGCAGCUUCACCCCCGGGCGCUGGCGCCACGACGCCGCGGCUCGCCUCUGCCUCCCACCCCGAGGAGUUGUGCGAGCUGGAGAUCCGGAUUAAGGAGCUGGAGCUGCUCACCAUCACGGGGGACGGCUUCGACUCCCAGCGCUAUAAAUUCCUGAAGGCGCUGAAAGAUGAAAAGUUACAAGGACUGAAGACCAGGCAGCCCGGAAAGAAGUCGGCCUCUUUAUCCUGAGGAGCUGCCCACCAGAGCCUGGGCAGCCACCUCCUUAGGUGUUAGUGCUUAGAUAAUAUGUCCCGUUUGUUGUCAUUUCGAAGAUCCUUAUUUUCUGUUCUGUAUUUACUGCUGUUCUUGUUGCUCCCAGCAUGUACCCCACAUACAAUACUUGUAUGGUAAA